AUGUUGGGUAGUGAAGGGGCACAAUUUGGGAAGCUAAGGGACUACCUGAGUGAGAUACACAAGAGCAAUUCAGGGAGCACAUCACAUAUGAACACGUUACCCCAGCCACAAGGGCCAAACUUGUUUCAGAGAUUGUAUAUCAGUUUUGAUGCUUACAAAAGAGGCUUUAAGAAUGGGUGCAGGCCACUCAUCGGGCUGGAUGGGUGUUUCUUGAAGGGCUACUAUGGGGGCCAACUUCUUUCUACAGUGACACAAGAUACAAAUAAUCAUGUUUUUGUCAUUGCAUUUGGUGUAACCAGGGUUGAGAACACCGAUAAUUGGAAGUGGUUUUUGACUUGCCUUGAGGAGGACUUUGGGGCAAGCAUGCUCUUUGGAUGGCAUUUGAUGUCAGAUAAACAGAAAGGUCUUGUAAGGGCAGUCCAAGAGGUGAUGAGGUUUAGAGUCAAACAGGUUAAGGGUUGUGUUUGGGAAGCUGCUAGGAGCACAACUCCAGUUCAGUUCAAGGAUGCUAUGGAUAGGUUGAAAUAUGUGAGUAAUGGAGCUUGGGAGUACAUGAGUAAUAAGUUUGACCCUAAGGUAUGGUGUAGGGCGUUUUUCAAUCGCUAUCCUAAGAAUGCUGCUGUGACAAACAAUAUGUGCGAGUCUUGGAACGCAGUGAUUGUGGAGGCUAGGGAGAAACCAAUCCUGACACUGUGUGAGGAGCUACGGGUUCAUGUUAUGAACAAAAUGGCUAGACACAGGAGGAUUCUGGGGACCUAUAAAGGAAGGCUGGCACCAGUCCAGCAAAUGAAAUUGGACAAAUGGAUUAAGCCACAAAGCCACAAGUGGAAUGCUCAAUGGUGUGGUGACAAUGACAGGGUGGUAUUUGAUGUAUCCAGGAAUACACAGAAGUUUGGGGUUAACUUGAAAAAUCAAACCUGCACAUGUAAUUUAUGGCAGCUCACAGGUGUACCUUGUGUUUAUGCUGUUGCAGCAAUAUCUAGAGUGAGGGUAAAAUCAGCUGAAGACUUUGUGUCUCCAUUUCUCACUAUGGAGGCCAUAAGGAAGACAUAUGACAUUUGUAUCAACCCUGUGCCCAGUGAAGAGUAUUGGGAACAAAUUGAUAAACUGAAGGCAGAUCCACCAAAAAUUGUGAGACCUGUUGGUAGACCAGUUAAGAGGAGAAAGGAAUCAGUUACACCUCAAACUCCAACGGAUGGAAACAAGGUCAGGAGGACCUUCUAG